CAGCCAGGAGAUUAUAAAACACCCCUGGGAAGGGGGAGCUGUGCAUUUUGCAGGCCACCUGGGUGCAGCCGAACUGGACAUGGGACCACGCGGCGCCUGGCUCCUGGCAGUUCUCCUCGUCCUGGGGCUGUGUGCACCGGCGAGGAGCCAGAAACCGUCCCCCUGCCAGUGCUCAAGGCUGAGCCCCCACAACAGGAAGAACUGCGGCUUUCCAGGCAUCACCCCUGACCAGUGCUUUGACAAUGGAUGCUGCUUUGACUCCUCUGUCUCUGGGGUACCGUGGUGUUUUGAGCCCCUUCCAAAGCAAGGUCUCGAGAAGUGCAUCAUGGAAGUCUCCGCCCGGGUGAACUGUGGCUACCCAGGCAUUAGCCCCGAGGAGUGUGCCUCUCGAGACUGCUGCUUCAACGACCUGGUCUUCCAGGUGCCCUGGUGUUUCUUUCCGCAGCCAGUGGAAGAUUGUCAUUACUAAGAGGCGCUGCCUUCCCAGGACCCAACUAGCCUGUGGAUGUUCUGGGACAAAAGAAGAAAAUUUACUUUCUCAUCAACUUCAAAUUUCAUGCAUUCUUGGGUUUUCUUAAUCAUUUUUUUAAUGACUUCAAAGGUUUAACUUUCAAAUAAAGAAAACU